CCAUGCCAUCUGUCGGCCAAUACAGCUAUUUUCUUGCUUCUCACAUCCUCAAACAAAAUAGAGAAGAUACAGUGGAUAUGCAGUAGAUGUCAGCGCUUUUACACAGUUCUGAGAACACUGACACCUUUAGCACUAAAGUUAGAUUGGCUAAAAGAGACAUUAUCAUGUGUUAAAUCUGAGGCCUAGCACUGAAAACGACGAUCAGUGUGGCAAUGGUCAUUGCUGCCUCACUUCACAUUACAACGUCUUUAUAUUUACUUCCAUUAGCUCUAUUGUUAACAUGGUAUCUCACAGACAUGUUUCACCAUAUUCAACAAUUAUAUAGGUUGACAAACCACAUAAAAGCAAGCCCUGAAUUUGAGCACUUGGCACUGAAAGACUGUUUCAAUGGGGUCAGCUCUAUGUUCCCACAGCACAUUGGUCCCACAGCCCGUUGGUUCCACAGCCCAUUGGUCUCACAGCUUAUUCUUGCUGCUUCAUGUUCCCACAUUUUCAAGAUAUUAUUCAAAUAUAGUCCCUAUGUUCCACAACUCCAUGUUCCCACAUUUCAGAGUAAACUAAGAGAACAUGCCUUUCUCCCCGCCAUGGGACAUAGGGCCUAAAUUUGAAUAAAUUCUUAGAAAUGUGGGAACAUGGGCCAGCAGGUAUAAGCUGUGGGACCAAUGGGCCUAAAAAUGAAUGUUAAAAGUCUUAGUGAUGUGGGACCAAUGGGCUGUGGGACCAAUCGGCUGUGGGAACAUGGACACGCUCGUCGCUCCCGAUUCAAUUUACACAUGCUCAAACAUGUGCAUCAAUGCAUGAGACAAACCACUUUGCACAGAUUCCUAGCUUCCUCCUGUCACCAUCAUUGGUCAUACAGAGUUUGCAAGUCCACAAACACAGACACUCACCGAUACAAUCACCAUUGACUUCAGUGAUAAAUCAAUGUUUGAACCACCACUGUCGUUAGACAAACAGACGGACAGAUAUAGAUGAUAGACAGAUGUAUCCACCUAGUAACUAAUACUAGCUUGGCAAUGGACUGCGUGUUUUUUUAAAUGAUGAUAUGGUUCAGCAAUUGGGACAGUGAAGAAUGGAUAUAUUCUUCUGUUUGAUUGUGGAAGGGCUGUGUCUCUGCUUGGAUGUCUAGGUAGUGCCUGGUGUUGGAUGAAGACAACCAAUUACAAAUAAAAUUGUUGGUUCAAAGUCCUGGUUCUGAGAACACUGACGCCAUUUGCACUAAAGUUAGAAAGACUAAAAGAGACAUGUAUCAGGUGUUAGAUCUGAGGCCCAAAGCUGCUACUGAAAACCACAAUCAGCCAAUUAUGCUAAGUUCAACGCUGUCUCACAUAGCAAUACACAGCGCACCAUGUCUUUAUGUUUAUUAUUUUCAUUAGCUUCAUUUUUAACAUGUUAUCUCACUGACAUAUUUCACCACACUCAAUGAUUAUACAGGUUGACAAACCACAUAAAAGCAAGGCCUGAAUGUAAACACUUUCAAGUGGAAGCUUCACUUCACAUGUUCAAACAUGUGCAUGAAUGUUUGAGACUGGCCACUUUGUGAGAUUCCUAGCUUCCUCCCAUGACCAUCAUUGGCCAUACAGGGUUUGCAAGUCCACAAACACAUCCGCUCAAAAUGACCAUGAACUUCCGUGGUACGUGAACCACCAUUGUCGACAGACACACAGAGUGAGUGAGCGAGUGAGACUUUAUUAAUCCCCAAAGGGAAAACUGAAUGACACCUGGCCAUCCACACAAUAUAUAACAGCAAGACAAUGACACAAGUCAAACACAUCAUAAAGAAAAACUAAAAUAGAAAUACAUAACAAACAGUCCCCCACACAAAUAAUCACCACAACAUUAUAAAACCAUUAUAAAAAAACAAAGGAAUUAUCACAACAUUAAAAUAGCAUUCAGCAGCUGUUCUUAGAAAGUCUAAUUGCUGCAGGAACAAAAGACCUCCUAAAACUUUCAGUGGGGCAUCUUCGUAGGAGGAGCCUUUGUCUCCUACCACUUUAAGUGAACAUCCUGUGCAGUGGGUGGUCCCCCUUGUCAAACAUGCGGUUCAUUUUCUCAUCACCCUCUCCUCUAAGAUGAGAACAGUCAACUGUGUGUUCGGCAAGGACUGCCAGUAAUACAAUCACCUACGUAGUAAUUACAAGCUUGGCCUGGACUGCAAAUUGUUUAUAUGAUCAUUUUAUUUAGCAUUUGGAACACCACAGGAUGGAUUUUCUCUUCUUCUUUUUGAUUGUGGAAGGGCUGUGUGUCUCCGCUUGGAUAUCAAGGAAAUGCCUGGUGCUGGAUGAGGACUCCCCGUACCCAGAUUUUGCCUAUAAAAAAAUGACCUGUCCUCGUAGUCAGCUUACAGCUAACUGUAUGGAAGUUUCAAACUUGGCAUUGGAACUUUCCACAGUCCCCACUACCAUUCAGGUUCUGUGUUUGUGGGGUAGUUCUGGCAUACAACUUUGCAGCAAUGAACUUCGCAAAUUCCGUCAUCUCCAGAGUCUGUAUAUUUAUGGAUGUCUGUCUGCAAUUGACCCAGACGCCUUCAGGGGACUAACACAUCUACAAUUGCUCUCCAUUGACUCCUCAAAACAGUGUAAUGCAUCGCUACCAUCUCAGGUAUUUAGUGAUUUGUACAAUUUGGAGGAUCUGAAACUUAAAAACUAUGAGCUACCACAGAUGACAAUGUGUGAUUUGAAUGGCCUUCGUCGAAUGAGAAGACUUGAUAUCAAGGACAGCGUCAACUUCACUGAUCUUUUGUGCAAAGUGUCUUGUUUUUCAAACACUCUAGAAUCUCUGAAUAUUGAAACAGACAAUGCUGGAGUUUUGAAACCUUCAAAUUGCUCACAUUACCAAUGCAAGUUUUCUGCUUUGAAGGAUGUGAGGGUUUCAUUUAGACACAUUGAGAAAAUAGAAAACAAUGCCUUUAUAUGUUUAAAGAACAUAACAUUCCUAAGAAUGCCAAUGGAUUAUGUAUUGCAGAGUCAAAUUUUAAACUCUGGGAUUCAACAAAUUGAUCAGAUGGACUUGCAUAUAACAGAGAUACAUAUGAAGUAUAUUUGUGAAAUUGUUCGUCUUCUGUCUGUCAAGAAACUAUAUUUACAUGUUCAGUCAUUUCAAGAAUAUUCUGAUUCAUCAUGGGAAAACUGUGCCACACUGGAAGAAAUUUCUAUUCACAGCAAGCUAUUGGCAGCUGAUCUCAGUUUCAUGCCCACUCUUAAAAAGCUAAAAACAUUUAGAGUUACUUUCAGUGAAUCUGGGAUGGGCACAAUCAUCGAAAAAGGAAAAUCCUUAGACUUUCUCUGCAAAACAAACAUUUCCCUUCCAUCACUACAGGGUUUCAGUUACAGCACACCAGAGAAUAUGACAGUAAAUGCCAAACAGUUUCUCUGUUCAAGUAAUUUAGAGCACCUGCGACUUGAGGGGAAAAAUCUGGAAGUAGAAGAGUCUGCAUUUGAAGGGCUUAUUCAUUUGAAGGACCUUUCUCUUGAUAAUUCAGGCUAUAUGACAAUUGAAAGCACAGCUUUUAAAGGGCUAACUGGAUUACGUACUUUCAGCGCAUUUGGAUGUCUUUAUAGCUUCAACCCAGAUUUAUUUUUUGGUGUAGAAAAUCUGGAAUAUUUAAGCCUCAGACUAUGCUCAAUACUCACCAUACAACCUUUUGCUUUUUCAAACCUCCCACGGUUGAAAAACCUACAACUCAAAUGGGGUGAUGUGUCAGAAAUAAAGACCAACACGUUUUUUGGCCUACAGAAUCUGGAAACCUUGAGUAUAUCAUACGAAAACCUGACACAUCUUGAGGCAUCCUGCUUUGCCCAUCUGCCUUCCCUCAGGGUUCUCAAUCUUCAAUACCUGAUGUUCUCCAGCCCCGGGCACUCUGGUAUGGAGCUCCUGAAUCUGACCUCAAUCUUUGGUGGGUUCCCUCGCCAUUUGUCUGAUCUCACCCUUGCAUCCAGAUCUCGCCCCAUGACUCUGGUCAUUGCUGAUGACAGCAGCCCAGAGGUGGGCCUGAGUCUCUCUCUCUCAGGCCAGAAGAUUGUGUUAUGGGGUUGUGACAAGCCUUUCUUUGAGUCAGUCACAAAACUCCACAUUUCUACAGAUGUCUUUGGUUGCGCACCCAAUGAUACUUCUCCUUUCUAUUACUUGACAUCUGUGGUAGAGUUAUGUUUAACUCAGUGGUAUACAAGUACAGUCCAUAAACUUACUGCUCUAAACAGACUAGUGAAUUUAAAGCAUCUAGAUCUCAAACAUGUCAACUUCAUUAAUCUGCCAGACAUGGGUCUAAUGUUCAAAAAUUUGACCAAACUGGAGCAAUUAAGUCUUUUUCGGUGUCAGGCAGAUGCUUUGGAGGUAGAACUCAUUCAGGACAUGACCUCUCUGAAGUACUUGUAUCUGGGAAUAGUAUCAACAGAGGUCAACAUAUCUCCAGGUUUCUUCGAGCAUCUGACCAGUCUGAGGUUUGCAUUCAUCACAAAGAUUCAGCUUCGCUGCACAUGUGACAAUACCAGAUUUGUUUGGUGGGCAGAGCAGCAGCAGCAAGCGGAGGUGUACUUCUGGCCUAUCCUGGACAAACCCAUGCAGUGCUUUUCAGGAGGUGUCCCACAAGACAUUCACCAGUAUGGCCAGGCCUACUGCAGUCUAGACGUGGGCUUCCUGAUGUUCACCAGCACGUCAUGCCUCGUCCUGCUCUUCAUGACAACUGUGCUUUUGCAUCAGAUGGCCAGAGAGUACCUGCUCGCCUUCUGCCACAUUGCUCACGGCUGGAUGAAUGAGGCAUUGCGCAGCAGAAACGUAGGACCACGCUACCAGUACGAUGCCUUUGUGUCGUACAGUGGCAGAGACGAGCGCUGGGUGGUGGAGAGUCUCCUUCCCAACCUGGAACAAAGGGGGGCCCCGUUCCUGCGACUCUGCCUGCACACCAGGGACUUUCAGCUGGGGAAGGACAUUGUGGAGAACAUCACGGAUGGUCUUUACCGAAGCCGCCGCACCCUCUGCCUGGUCAGUCGCCACUUCCUGCGCAGCAACUGGUGUUCCCUUGAGAUGCGGCUGGGCACUUAUCGACUGCAGGCUGAACACAGAGACGUGCUCAUCCUGGUGUUUCUGGAGAAGAUCCCCUCUAACCUGCUGUCCGCUCACCACAGGUUGGCCCGACUGGUCAAGACCAGAACUUACAUGGAAUGGCCCCAGGACCCAGCACAACAACAGGCUUUCUGGGACAGACUAUGGAAAAAACUGUUGGAAGGCAGGGUGCAAUGAGUUGCCCAUUUUUAAGACAUACUGUUAAAUGCAAAUGUUUUUUUCAUAUGAAUUCAAUAUCAUCAAGCUCUAUAGAAAACAAAAAUGUGAUGAUGACCACGUCCAUGUGGUAGUUGAGUAUUUCCAGCAAAUAGUCUAUAGACCUGCCAGCGACCCCAUCUGCAGUAAGAGGCUACGGAUAUGAAUUGUUCAUGUGCUAGCAGAUCACUGUAUGCAACCAUUGUCAAAUUAAUUUGAAAAAGAGCAACUGUGUUGAAGUGGACAAAGAGUGUCUUGGAUGUAGAUGUAAAGGAUCGAUUGCUUUAAACACGUUGCUCACUGAAUUCAAACAUGUUUAAGUGUAGUGUGCAGCUAACCUUUAGAUGAAUUACACCCUUGGUGAAUGUAAUGCCAGUGUGAUAGAAAAAUAAAUCAGCUUGUUGCUAAAACUCUUCAGCCACUGGACAUUUUUGUACUGAUCUAGUUUGUGCUCUGUUAUGAUUCUGUCUAAAAUAUUUAUCAAUUCAUAGUAAAAGUAGACUUUUCCUUUACACAAUUU